UAAUUGCAAAAACGAUUUUCUGUCAAAAAUUUUCGAAAGAAAUUAGAAGGAAAUUUUUUUUGUAGUCGUUGUCAUGUUUUUCCGCAGUUGGCUUUUUCUUCAUUUCAAUCAAAAUUAAACUAAAUCAAAUUUAAACUACAACAAUCUUUCUCUAUCCUGUGUAAAUAAACUAACUUCCAAAUUUCCAACAACAAAGGAAUCCCAAGUGAAAGCAAACUAAUGUAUUACCUACCUACCUAAUAUCUAUCUGGAAACAUACCGACGAAAAUAUGCGCUUUAACAAACAAGAACUUAUUGAUUUUGCUAGCAACUCAGAUACACAAUUCGACAAAGAAGGACUCUUGUAUAUAACCGAGCAAGAAAGAACCGGCUAUAUAUUUCGUUCAAAUGUGAAACAUCUUCGAUGGUGCAAAUUACGAGGAAAUCUUCUUUUUUAUCUCAAGGACGAAAGUAGUCUAUCUAAGCCAAUUGGAUUGAUUGUUAUUGAAAACUGUAAACCUGUGAUAAAUACCUAUGAAGAGGAACCAGAGGGUUAUCCAAUUUCACUAGAAUUCCCAAAUAACGAAACAGUGCGAAUUAUAGCAACAAGCUACCAAGAUCGCAUUGAUUGGUACACGUUCCUGCAAAACGCUAGUUGUGUCGACCUAAAUCUCCGAAUUGAAUUGUUAAAUAAUAAAAUUGCCUAUGCCAACAUGGGCAAUCGCAUUACAAGGGGAGCUCCAGUGGCGGCAAAACCUCAAGAAGAAACAACCGCAACAAAAGUUGAAGAAGAUCUCGUUGAAAUUCCAAUUUGCGAGUCAGCACUUUCUUGUGAUACUUUAUCAUCGGACGAAAACGGUCGUUUCCCAAAUGCUCUGAUAACAGUGCAAAUUCGUAAUGGAAUCGACUGUUGUUGGCGACAAUAUGCCCGCACAGAAGUUGUCGAAAGUACUGCAAAUCCUCAGUUCCUGUGUACAGUAUGUUUCCGAGCGAGUGAUUAUUUGAAUUCCGAAUCUUUAGUUCGGUUUACCUUGUACAAUAUUAUUGAGAAAGUUUCACAAACUUCGAUUCCGAUUGGAUUUGCUGAAAUCGGUCUUGGAGUCAUACAGGAUGCAACUAGAUUUCGAAUUCCUCUAAAAUCGGCUGCCGGUGAUGUUGGCUUCAUUACAAUUGCAUCAUGGGCACCGGACCCAGACGUACGACCACCAAGGUCACCUGCGAAAGUCACUGACCAACAAUUCAAAGGCCAUAGAAGAUCACAGUCACUUCCAUCGAAAUUGGGUGUAAAAUUAUUCAUUCCAAAUCAUGAGAAACUAUACGAGGUCUGCACUAAUCCAAGGAUCCAUACCUAUCGCUUACAUUCAGGACUUGGUGGUGAUAUAAGCGUUCAAGAGGUUCUUAUGGAAAGUCGGUAUUGCUUUAUCAUUCCACAGCAAUUGUUAUCGAUUUGGAUAAUGAGAGAAAAAGAACUUCUCCAAGAAAUAUCAGGAAUGGGUGAACUUGGCGGAGAAUGGAGACUCCGGCAAAUUGAAUUACUAGACAAACAUUUGAAACUUCUGAAAGAUUAUUCACAAGCAAAACAGAUUUUGAAGCAAAAAACAGAAAAGGAAGAUGGACCUUAUUUUAAACAAUCAUCGGUGAAGACGGACGAAUCGUUGGAAUUUAUUCCAGUUAAUUUACAUUUACAACGAAUGUGGGCACAUAAUGAUUCUCUGAAUCGCACAGGAGUUGUAGAUGUAGUAACUGUUGGUGCCUUUACCCGACAUGCGGGCAAACAACGAACUGGAGGCUUAAUUAAACUUCUCCAACAAAUUCGAGAUUCUCCUUCUAAAUUCGAUGAUAAUGAGUGUAAGGUCCAAAUAGCAAACGAUGCUGUUCAAGCUGUGAAGCAGUUACGUCGGGAAAUUGUAGAAAUCAUGUCCCAACUCUUGUGCUUGGCCAAGUCGAAGAAUCCCAAAGGAAUGAUGCCGUUGUGUAAUGAAAUGAUUUCUAAAACAAAAACACUUCUCAACAUCUGGGAGCCGCGACUUGUUGAGGAAGCCUUUUCAUUUAUCGAACAACAUCGUAUAAUCGAAGAACCUGAUAACAUGAUGAUGCCAAUGUCACCAUUUAAAAAAAUCACUCAACAAUUAAGUGCACUUGAUCUUAAAUCUCCAGAAUUGGAAGAUUUUGCAACACCAGUUGUAGCUCCACCUGAUCUUUGGCCAAAAUCCCAACGAAGCUUAACCACUCCUCGACACUUUGGCUAUUCGAAUAAUAUGCGAAUGAAGUCACCAUCUUUGACGGACAUAAAUGCCAUAUAUUCCAUACAAAAGUCUAUGAAGAUCUACAGUGAUCAAUUGAGUGCUAGAGAAUCGAAUGAAGAAGCUUCAUACCAAUCACUUCCGGCUUCGGUAAAUUUCGAGAGUGAUAUGAAUUUUCAAGAUUCUCACUUCGAUGAUAGUCCAAAGUCGGGACAGCUUUUAGAUGAUAUGCUAACCGACUUAAGAGCGGGGUGUUCAAACACUCAGAACUCGACUUAUAAUUUCGAUGGGGAAAAUCUAUUGCCUCCAAACUGUUCUUCCAUCAUUGGUCAGAGUGUUGGGUUUUUAGAUACGAAAAUGAUGAGUACUAGUCCUUCGGCCAACUACUAUCGUCCCACUGAAGAACCAGAACCCCUAGAUCUCACUCAGUUGAAUAUUGAAGCAAGCGUCAUGUGCCUAGUGAGCAAAAUCAAAUUUCUCUGUGGUCGGUGUGGGAGUCCUGCGAUUCGUUUGAGACAUCCAAAAGAUGGAGCAACAAAACGAGGAAGCAUUUCGACUCCAGCUCCUGAUGUUGUGGCCAAUCAAACUCAAUUUUCACCAGAAGGUGAUGUGAUUGAUGAUGCCACGGGUACUGGAAAUGAUGCCGAUUUGGAACUCAAUGAAAAUUUAAAAGCUGAAGUUGAAGUAGAGGCGCGUUUGAAGAAAGGAAAUAAAUUUACAGAUGGUUUAGAUCUAUCUAUGACCACCGAUUGGGUUUCAGAGCUUCGACCAUCAAUGCGAAAGCUUCGUCAUGCUAUGGAUGGGUUGUUGAAAACUGCAAGACUAAUGCAUUCUGUUCAAAGACUGCAACAAGAUAUGAAACGAAAUAGUGCCAAUUUAGACAUAUUGUACCGCAGAGAUGUAUGCUUCUCUCAAUCACUCACAGCUUUAAUCAGUGCUCUUAUGGCCAAACUCUGGGGAACUGAAAUAACCCAGAACUAUAUAAAAGUUCUCACCGAUUUAGGACCUAUUGCUUAUUUUGAGGGUUUAUUGUCUCUAUACGGAGGUGAGACAGAUAUGUGGGGAGACAUGUCGGUUGCAAUCGAAGAUCUCCUCACAGUUCGAUUUACUCUAGUCAGGAGCAAUAUUCAGAGAGAUUCUUCAACAGUGCCAUUGCCACGAGUUAGUGGGGUUCGUAAAGCCCUCAACGUCUCGCUUCCCGUGCCUGAAUCCGUGUACUCCAUUUUGCCAACACGAGAAAUGGUCACUUUCAAAGUGACUCCGGUCUUCUUCAAUAUUGGCAUCAACGAAAAAGCAACUCUAGCCGAAGCACUUGGCUGUAAUCGUGAUCAACAUCGUUCGAAUUGGGAUAAUUUCGAACGUCUCAAACAAUAUCACAUCAGCUAUCGAAAGUUGAGCCUAAAUUCCCCAGAUACUCCAACAAAAUCAGAACCAUUCUUACCCACGCAAGCAGCCACGAAUUUUCUUUAUUUAAUGGAAGAGCAAUUGCGUUCGAAUGUUUCGAAAAAUAUGAAAAUUCUUCAUUUAGCCGAGGAUAUAUGCCGAUCAAUGUCUGGAUUGAGAUUCACAUCGUGUAAAAGUGCCAAAGAUCGAACUGGAAUGGCUGUGACAUUGGAACAGUGUCGGUUGUUAGUGCAGGAAUUUCAUUUGCCAGCUAAAAGUGUGCCAAAUGUUUUGAGUGCAAUGCGAAGUGAGGGUACCCGAAUGGAUAAUGUUAAGAAAAAUAUAGGAAAACGAAAGUAUGCCUUCAAUUUACCACAAGUUUAUUCGUUACCUGCGAUGUAUCGCCCACCAUUAGGCUCCUACGGAAAAGCUGAAACAUAGAAGUCGACAAAAAUAUCUCCCAAGAUGAAUCUUUAAGAUAGUUUUACUUAAUCAAGUUUAAAGUUACAUAAACAGCAAGAAACAGACAUUAGUCUGACAGCACAACUUAAUAGACAGAAAAUUGUUUUCCAUCAAAUUAUCACUUUUAACUUGAAACAAAAACAAACAAUUAAAACUUUGUUGCAAUAUUUAUUAAAUAAGAAAAAUUAGUACUUAAAAUAUUUUUAUUUAUUAGUUUAUAAUUUUCCUUGGAAUUUUAAAUUUGUUUUUUUUGUUUUGUUACUUACUUACAUUUAAUUUUUUCCUUUUUUUCAUUUUAAAACUUACUUUUAAUUAUAAACUGGUGCAAAAUAGGAAUCCAAUUGCUAAUUUUACAACAAUAAAAAAAGAGUGAUUUGUUUAAAAUAAAAUUUUACUGUUCUAACAGAACAACAAUCAAUAAUUAUUAAUUAAUCAUAAAUAUGUGCCAAAUAUCAAAACCAAAAUGUUAUAUAAAGUUAAGUUUAUUUUAAAUUUUACUCUUAUCAAUUUGAUUCGUUUUUAAUUUUAAAAUUAAAUAGUCAUUUAAGUUUAUACACUGUUUUUUUAAUAUACGCAACGCAAUAUAUUGAAAAAGUACUAAGUUAUAAAUGGCAGCGUACUUUUUCCAAAAAUUUAAAAAUUGAAUGAAUACAAAAUUAGAAAUAGAUAAUUAAAAUAAUGUAAUUUAAUUUGUUAAAAAAUACGAUACAAAUUAAAAGAAAAAUUAUGAAAAUAA